GUAUAACAGCUAUCAAUCAUCCAUUACCACAAAUACAAGUUGAACUUGAUAAUGAUACUGUAGAAGAUGUUAUUACUGUUGAAUUGAUAACAGUUAUAUGUAUUAUAUUUGCAUUAGCAUUUAUUCCUGCAAGUUUUCUUGUUUUUCUUAUUGAUGAACAUUCAACAAUGUCAAAACAUUUACAAUUUAUUAGUGGUGUUAAAGGUAUAACUUAUUGGUCUGCAAAUUUUCUUUGGGAUCUAAUUAAUUAUUGUGUAUCAAUAGGAUGUUUCAUUAUUAUAUUUGUUGCUUUUAAUAUUGAAUCAUUUGGCUUUGCAUUAAUACCAUUAAUGUAA